ACUUCAUAGUGUGCAAUCACGUUCAAUCACUCAAACAAACCCUAUACCGCGGGGGCUGUCAAGUCAUUGUCAAUUUACAGUCAUUCUUUACCCGUGUUUACAAUAGGUAGCCGAGAUAAUUUGGAGUUUACUUGUACAAUCACCGAUUAUCUACGACACAAGCUUUACUUACAAUAUUUUCCAUCCACAAGACUGCCUCGUUCAGAAUGUCUUCGCGCGCGAUACUGUGCUGACGCACGAAUCAUGCACUUGUAAAAGUUUUUAAAAAAAUAAAAGAUGCACAGUAAGGAUAGCAUAGACUUGGAUGCUAUCCUGUCCGAGCUGGGGCAGUUCGGCCGGUACCAGGUGCACAUCUACUGCUACAUCCUGGUGCCUAUUCUGUUCAGCUCGAUCUACAACGGACAGUACAUAUUUGCUGCAAGCGAUUUGAACUACAGAUGCGAAGUGCCCCAAUGCGAGUCCAGCCCCCCAGAAUACGAAACUAACGGCUGGGGCUUAUGGGCCUUUCCCGAGUCUGGGGGGCGGUGCCAGAGACUACGGCCCAUAGGCUCGAGCUGCUCCUCGCAGGACUUCCACUACAAUGAGACUGAAUCCUGCGACGCCUGGGUCUAUGAGAACGACGACUCCAUUGUCUCUGAGUUCGACUUGGCGUGCCAGAACUGGAAGCGCACGUUGGUGGGCACGAUCCACAGCGUUGGCCUGUUUGCCGCGCUGCCCAUCACCGCAUACAUUUCAGACACCUUCGGUCGGCGCACCGCGUUCAUCUUGACAGCCGUGUCAGCCGGCGCGAUGGGACUGAUCCGCUCCUUCUCCCCCAACUACAUCUUCUACCUCGUGUUUGAGUUCCUGGACGCCACGCUCGGCUCAGGCGUCUACAGCUCCGGGUUCAUUCUCGCUCUUGAAAUGGUGGGCUUGAAGCGUCGUGUUCUCGGCGGCAAUCUUAUUUCGUGCACAUUUGCUCUGGGGUCGGUGACCCUCGCAGCUAUAGCGUGGGCGAUUCCUCACUGGAGAACCUUGACCAGAGUCCUGUACGCGCCGUCGCUGCUGUUCAUAUUCUACUACUUCUUCCUCGAAGAGAGCGUGCGGUGGUUGCUGAGCAAAGGGAGGAAGGAUGAAGCAGCUGGGAUCAUAUUCAAGGCUGCUGAGAUAAAUAAGAAGAAACUUAAACCGGAAUCGGUGAGGCAGCUGACAGAGGAGCCGAAGGAGGUGCCAUCAAUAUUUAAAGGCGCCAUUCCUCCAAGGGACCAAAAGAAAUCCAUCACUAGGAAGAUGUUCAAAUCUAAGAUCAUGGUCUCUCGACUGUGCAUCUGCUCCUUCUGGUGGAUUACUGUGACGUUCAUCUACUACGGACUGUCUAUCAACUCGGUGUCCUUGGCCGGGAACCGCUACGUCAACUACAUGCUCACAUCGCUGGUGGAGAUCCCUGGGUACUGCGUCAGCGUGUUGACCCUGGAUCGCUUCGGAAGAAAAGCCACCAUCAUGACCGCGUUCUUUAUUUGUGGGUCCUCUCUACUGUCUAUGCCGUUCAUAUCGAGAGCCACUCUGCAAUGGCUGGUGACGUCACUGUCGAUGGUGGGCAAGCUUUGCAUCAGCAUGGCGUUCAGCAGCAUCUACAUCUACACCUCCGAGCUGUUCCCCACGGAGGCCAGACAUCGGCUUUUGGGAAUCUGCUCCAUGUUCGGGAGAAUCGGAUCUAUUGUAGCGCCACAGACGCCUCUUCUGGCGGACUACAUGGAGUCGCUGCCGUAUCUGAUCUUCGGCGUGAUGGCCGGCGCGUCCGGCCUGCUGAUGUUGCUGAUGCCGGAGACGGUCAACUUGCGGCUGCCGGACACGGUCGCGCAGGCGGAGAGUAUGGUCACGCGCCGGACCAAGCGACCGCCAGAUAUCAUCGUGGACUAGACGAUGCGCGUCGCUCACAGGUAGUCCUCAGUAAUAUAAAGCGGCGCAAUGCGACGCGACCAUAAAAAAAAUAUGGACAUAAUAUACCUGUGUCCUGUUUAGACCAUAUAGGAUACUUUAUUAUACAUUUGAUAAUUUCGCGUCACGUCGCAUCUCUUUGUCACAAUGAGGAAUGGAGAUAGAUAGGCGUGUUCAGUGUGUGAAAAAGAAAACUCGUAUGUCACUUCUAAUUUGCGGAAAUUUUCUUUUAACAUAACUAAGGCGCCGCUAAAGUGUAUGCGUGUAAUAUUACUAACUCUAAAGGAAUAAUACCGAUUGUGUAUUUUAAUAAGUAAUUACGAAAAUUGUGUAACUGCUUGUAAGCCAAAUAACAUACUUUAGGUACGCGCAAGAAUUAUUUUAUUCACAUCGAGAUCAUAGCAUAGCUAGCUAUAUUUGAUGAUGUGCA